AUGGUAAAUGUGUGAUGUGAUGCAGGUGUUAGCUAAUAAUACUGUGGUGGCAAUUAUUUUGCAAUAUAGAGUGUACCAAAUCAACACAUUGCACCCUUUAAAAUUACAGUGUUACAUUUCAAUUAUAUCUCAAUAAAGCUGGAUAGCAUGUGGGGAGAUAAGGUGGAGGGCCAUGGGUGAGGUAUCUUCACUAGAGAGAAUGAACUGGCAAGACUGGCUAAAAAUCAGGCCCCAGAGCAUUAGCUUCAGGUUAACUGAAAGCCCUCACUACACACGGGGAGAGGUGACUCCAGAAACUGUAAGUGAGUUGGGCAAGAUCGCAGAGUUGAUUCCAGAACAAACCAGGUCCAGGGCACAUAGCACCAUACGCUGUUGUAGCCUUCUCUCCACACAAAGUCUGGCUAUUUUACUCACGGCUAUUUUCCUCUCUCAUGACCUCCUGACAGGAGAAACAGACACUUGGGCCAGAGAUACCAACUUGAGGCUAGACUAAGUCUCCUAUGAAAAUUCCAUCCUCUUCCUGCCAUCUGAUCUUUAAUAGCUGAAAAGACCUCUUUUUCUUUAGGAAGGAGGAGAUGGCAGAGAGGACCACAUUGGUGGCCCUGUCCACACUGAUGUCCAGUCAAGGAUUCCUCCCUGAUUCCUGGGGAAGGAGAUUCUCAAGAGGCCAUUUUCUAGGAAAACACCCGAAAAGCAAAAGGCAACUGGACAUAAGAGUGGUGGGCAGAGGCCAAAACUGAGAACAGGCCUCAGAAAUCUAAACUGCCCUUCACUGAGGUUAAAGCCCCUCCCGGGAACAAGAUGUGGUGCCACAGCGACCUUCAGAAAAGAUCAGCACAGUCCCAAGCAGGGGGUGGGUUGCGCAGUGGAAACAAUGCAAAGGCACCCCUCGCUGGCCCAUGUCCUGUCCCUUUAAAUCGGCACCACUGGGCCCUCCCUCCCUGGGCUCUGAGACUUCCUCCCUGUGCUGUGCUGGCAGGAACAGCCUCUGUACUCACAACCCAAGGCACAGCACCAGGUCGCGGGUUUCUGCAGCCAACAGCAGAGCCUGUCACCACUUCUGCUGGAAGGUGGGCAUGGGAGGACGCAAGAUGGCCAGGGAUGAAGAAAAUGCCUAUGGUUCCCAGGACCCGGACUACCAGCAGCAGCCGCUGGCGCAGGAGCGCAGGCUCAGGCUCAUCCUGGCCGGCAGGACCGGAGUGGGCAAGAGCGCCACGGGCAACAGCAUCCUGGGCCACAGGCUCUUCCCGUCCAGGCUCGCGGCCACCCCGGUGACCAGAAGCUGCGCCCUGGGGAGCCGCAGCUGGGCCAGGUGGCGCGUGGAGGUCACCGACACCCCCGACCUCUUCACCGCCCAAGGGCGACACGCGGACCCGGACUGCACCGAGCGGGCCAGCUGCUACCUGCUCUCGGCGCCCGGGCCGCACGCGCUGCUGCUGGUCACGCAGCUGGGCCGCUUCACCGCCCAGGACGAGGAGGCGGUGCGCGGCGUCCGCGAGCUGUUCGGGGCCAGCGUCCUGGCGCGCGCCGUGCUCGUCUUCACGCGCCGGGAGGACCUGGAGGGGGGCUCGCUGCACGACUACGUGCGCGCCACCGACAACCGCGCGCUGCGGGCCCUGGUGGACGAGUGCGGCGGCCGCGUGUGCGCCCUGGACAACCGGGCGGAGGGCGCCGAGCGCGAUGCGCAGGUGGGCGAGCUGCUGGCGCUGGUGGAGCGGCUGGCUCUGGAGCACGACGGCGCGCCCUUCACCGACGACGUGUACGGCCUGGCGUGGGCCCGGCGCCACGCGCGUCCCGAGGACACGCUCCGCCUGGUGGCCGCGCGGCUGGCGGCCCGCGGUCUGGGGCGGGGGUGGGGUGGGCAGUGGGGGCGGGGGCGGCGCUGGCUGGAGGCCGCGAGGCGGGGGUGGCCGCUGGCGCUCCUGCUGCUAGGGGGCGCACUGUUAUUUGUCUUGCUGCUUCUCCAGCGGGGGGCUCCAGGCCCAGAUUGAAGGCUCUGCCCUUCCAAACGUGGGGAGUCUGGCGGGUAAAGGGGCUGGGUAAGGCGCUGAGGGGAACUUAAACCCAAUUUCAAAGGAAACGUGGAGUUUCAGACUGCUAGUCUUAAUGAUGCAGGAAGCCUUGGACACUGUAUCGACUUUGCAAAGGCUCAAGUUCACUUUUAGAGUUUAGAUGUCACUUUUGACUAUGUUACACUAUUCAAAUAAAUGUGGUUAACUUUCAAA